AUGUCUCAACCGCACGGUGACGCAUCUGCUGCCUACCCGCCCGGCGCCUACCCACCCCAGCAGGGCGGUGGCGCCUACCCGCCUGGCGCCUACCCACCCCAGCAGGGCGCCUACCCCCCUGGUGGCUUCCCUCAGCAGGCCGGCUACCCGCAGCAGCACGCUGGUGGCGCCUACCCGCCCGGCGCGUACCCUCCUCAGCAGGCCGGCUACCCGCAGCAGCACGCUGGUGGUGCCUACCCGCCUGGCGGCGCGUACCCCCCGCAGGCCGGCUACCCGCAGCAGGGCGCCUACCCGCCUGGCGCGUUCCCGCCCCAGGCCGGCCACCCCGCUGGCGCUCACGUUGACCCUCACGCUCAGGCGGUGCAUGGUAAGGACAAGAAGGACAAGAAGGAGGGUAAAGAGGGAAAGGACAAGAAGGACAAGAAGGAAGGCAAGGAGGGCAAGGAGAAGAAGGACAAGAAGGAGGGCAAGGAGAAGAAAGACAAGGAGGGCAAGAAGGACAAGAAGGAGGGUAAAGAGGGAAAGGAAAAGAAGGACAAGAAGGAAGGCAAAGAGAAGAAGGACAAGCACUAG